CCCUACAAAAUACAAGUACGACAUUUUAGUAUUUUGUUUUCAACAAAUACAGAACGAUUCAGUACGUACUCGUCCUUCUUAAUUCCUUCAAUUGGGCAUCGUCACACAAAUURAUCUCCGACAACCUCGUUGCAUUCCAACUACCUUGCACCCAGAACAAAAACGAAGAGAAGAACAUGAAGGCCAAAUCUACAUGCAUCGCCGCCGCAGCAACAACCUGUGUCCUCGGCCACAGUGUCCUGAUGAAUACACCAGGGGCGGAAGCCUUUUCCCAAGCCAAAGCCCCGAUCGCACGCGCAUCCUCUCCCUACGCCGUAGCUGUUUCGACGUCGAGGAUGGCGGCAGCCGUGGCGGACUCGGAUGUCGGAUGCUCUUGUCCCUGCCCGAAAUGUCAAGCCGCUAAAUCCCAAUCCGCUGGAUGCCCCUGUCCCAACUGCAAAGGCGCCGCAGCUGCAUGCGAUUGCCCGGAUUGCUCUGGUGCGCAGCGUGGUCAGGGUUGUCCUUGCAGCGCAUGCCAAGGGGCUUGAUACCAGUGUUCGAGCUUCCGGCCAUGGAUGUUUCCUUCAGAGGACUUUGAUUGUGUGGUCGGUACCGUUCGCAAUCACGCGUUGAGCUCGGUCCGCAUCGAAUCAAUUGUCUAACUAUCUUUAUACACACGAAAGAGGUGCUUCAUCAUAACGAAAUCUUAAAUUAAAAAAAGUGUGAAGAC